AACAUCCUAGAUUACGCUGGAAUUGCACAAGUUUGUCGGUUCAUUGCCUAUGAAUAUUACCGCACCUUCUCUUAGUCAGCGUCAACAAAUCAUCAAGCAAAUCAAACAAUACGAUCAAAACAAAAAAUUCAAGCUUUUAUACAUUUUUUCUGUUCUUCAACUAAAGUUUCCAAAAAAUGUCUCUGAUUCCAAGCUUCUUUGGCGGUCGUAGGAGAAACAUCUUCGACCCAUUUUCACUCGACGUAUGGGAUCCAUUCGGGGGCUUUCAAAUUGCCAAUGUCCCAUGGUCCUCUGCUCACAAAACCUCUGCUUUUGCAAAUGCAAGAAUUGAUUGGAAAGAAAAUCCAGAAGCCCAUAUCUUCAAAGUGGAUGUUUCGGGUAUUAAGAACGAGGAAGUGAAAGUUGAAGUUGAAGAAGGAAGAGUUUUGCAGAUUAGCGGUAAGAGGAGCAGAGAGCAAGAGAAGAAGAACGAUCAAUGGCACCGUAUGGAGAGGAGUAGUGGCAAGUUUUUAAGAAGGAUCAAGUUGCCUGAGAAUGUAAAAAUGGGGGAAAUUAAGGCAGCUAUGGACAAUGGAGUGCUCACUGUGACUGUCCCGAAAGAAGUGGUGAAGAAGCCUGAGGUUAAGGCUAUUGACAUCUCUGGUUAAAGAAAUGUAGAUUAUUAAGUGUUUGUUCAAAGUCCCUUGUUUAUGAUGUCUAAUAUUUUACUUUGUGUUAUCAUGUGUCUUUCUAAUUAUCUGUGUUGUUAUGAGUCUUCUUCUUGCAGUUGUAAUCAAGACGAUAUUGUGAGAGUUUGAUUACUGAAAUAUAUCCUUAUCAUAAUUUGUGUGCA